AUCAAACAUAGCUUCUCUCUGUUUUUAUGUUACAAACAUUUCUAAAGAUCUUUUGUGGGGUUUCACUAUACCGCAGCUUUUCUGUACGGAGAAAUUAUAUCUUGGUUUUUUUUUCCCUUUUUAAGAUGGAUUGGAGCGUGUGCUUUGGCAUUUUUCUGCUUUUGGGAUCCAAUUGAUUGAUGGGUUGUUAAGCUUUUUUAAAUCCCAUUCUGGGUUUUGGAUGAUUUAUGUUAGUAAUUAAUUUCUGGGUUUUUUUGUGAGUUUUGAAUGCUUAUUUAGUUUCAUGUCUCUUUUUCUAAUUUUGGGCUAAAUUGAUGGCUUAGUUUCUUUUUAUCUUUGUUUUGUUUUAGUCCCUAUGAAAGUUGAAGAAAAAGCUGCUGAAUUGUCUUUUGAAUUUCUUGAUGCUUUCGGUUAUUAGGUGCUAACUGCUGGAACUUUAUUCUCUUCUACCUGCUUCAUGAAAAAAGAUACUUUCGUUUAUAUCUCGUGUGCUUGUUUGAUUUCCUCACGAGUCGCAACCCACAAAAGUGAAUACUCCCUGCCUCCCAAAAUGUCUUGCAAGUUACUGCAUGAUUAUUUGAUGUUAUAAUUCUUGAUUUAAUUAAAGCGUAGACAUGAAUGCGUUUCAAAUGAAUUUUAUACUUGAUUUGGAUGAUAUUGAAGCCGUCAUCAAUAAUAAGUGUUUAUUUAUCCAAAUUACACCUGAUUGGAUAUCGGAUUUGAGAAGUAGACUGAGUUACACUUUUAUGAUGAUUAGUUACAAUUUUUUGCUUGAAAAAGUUUUAAGCAAAACCCAGAUCUUAAAUCUACCUGAAUUUCUGAAUAUUUAGUGAGCAUUUGCUUUCAUUCGAGCUGCCUGCAUAAUAAUGAAUGCACAUUCUUUUGGUGGACUGUUUUUUUGUUCUUUAUCUUUGAACAGCAUUAGAAAGAUUGUGAUGGUGAAAGCAUAUGCUCAAGAGCACGUUUACAAGCAUCCAUGGGAGCGAGUAACUUCUGCAUCUUGGCGCAAGUUUGCUGACCCUGAGAAUAAACGUACCUUGUCUCAUAUUCUUGAAGUUGACACAUUGAAUCAUAAACUUGAACCUCUCUCUGGUAAGCUUUACAUUUACGCUACUCUCGCUCUUACCUGCCAUGCUUCUGGGCCAUGGUUUAUUAAAGAAAUCAUUGGCCAAGAUAUCAGCAACUAUGUUGAAUCGACAGUUGUUGAUGCCCAAUCUAAAUCAAUGCAACUUACAACCCGUAAUGUCAGUCUUCAGAAGUUUAUAGAGGUAGAGGAGAAGAUACGGUAUGAUCCUCACCCAGAUAAUCUAACAGGCUGGACGAUUUGUGAACAGGAAACUAGUAUUCGUAUUAAGCCAUUAUCAGCCCUGGCAUCCAUGGCGGAAAAAGUUGAGCAACGAUGUGCUGAGAGGUUUAUGCAAAAUAGUGUUAAGGGCAGAGAGGUUAUGGAGAGGAUCUGUAAGUAUCUUGAAGCUGAAUUUAGCUGGAUGGCUCCAUAAUUCUGACUUUCCACACUUAAAAGAGUAGGGAAUAACAAAAAAA